UGGAGUUUGUAGAAUGUGGUUACGCUGGCAUCUGAUGCUCAUAUGUGUGGUACACGUUUCAUGGGAUGGUGAGAAAAACCGGGUCGAUACAUUUUCGGCGCUCGAUAAUUGCCUACAAAGUAAUUCACUAGUGAAACUCAUCAGAUUGUGGUUCACGUUCGCGAAAAUGUCUAUUCAUACCUCCGAGGAAUAUUCAGCCCGAAAGAAGUAAAUCCACCUGUAAAGCCAUUGGAAUGUUAGGAUUCAGUACAUCGACAGUCCGGCAAACCUACCGGUUCUAAACACACUAUAAACCUGGAAUUUUGUGAUUUUUCCAGUACCUGACAACGUCAUGUUCUGAGUGUGGUGACAUCUUAUGUACCUGCAUUUUCUUCGAUGAGUGGACGUGCAAUUCCAAUGGAACUUGGUCCCACUGUGGUAAUAACGGCAAACUCACCGGCUGCUCCGUCCACACCCAUCACUAUUCGGACCAUUCCGCAGGACGCAUCGACCAUCGGGGGACAGUCCACAUUGAAAGCUAAUUCUAUGUUGAGCUCAUGUCAACUACUUGGGCACGUAACGUGGGGAAAUCGAUCUCCUGGUCACCAAACAAGAGUUCCUCUCCAAAAUUGCUAUCCAGUUUCCGUUAGUUCCACGCCAUCACCUAUCAUUGUCCAAAGAAGUCCGCAAAUGUGCCAUCCCCAACAAUCGAGUAUGGAUACAGCGCUCAGGAAUUCAUCUACACAAGCUCUCUGUACAACAGACAGCAUCUCCGCAGUCUGUCCUUCCUCUGUCCUUCCACCUCCUCGCACCCCGGCUUCAACCCCCAAUGCCAAACUAGAUUGUGCUCUCCACAACCGUCUGCACUCCAACGGUCUAAUGAAUCACGGUACACUUACUCAGGAAUUAGAAAAUACAAAGUCCCAGCAAACUCCCCAUAACCUGUUAACCACAAGUCCAAGCCAGAUCAGUAGUAUUCACACAAGAACUAUAUCUCUGAUAAUCACUGAGCACUCCUCAAGUCAAUCCGCACUUGAAGAACAACCCCAUAAUUCGAGCAUGUACACAUCAAAUCAAAAAGUGCAAAACAGCUUGGAUGAGGACCCCCUGAGAACCGAGGACAUUAUAGCCAACAAUCACCGGUGGAAACAUCUAGGAGCUCAAAAGCGCCAAGGUAAUAUCAGUCCUACUGAUCCUAACGGUGAUCCUCCGACUGCAUUGUCCAUAGCAAGAUCCUUGGAAUCUCGCACUGAAAGAAGUUGUUCGCUUAGCCUCUUCAAAAUUAAACGAUUGAAUAGCUGUCAUAAAUCGAACCGUCGGCAGUCCGAUUCUUCAUUGGGACUUCUUCAAUCAAAAUCGUCCCCGUUAAACUGUCCAGCUGUGACGGAACAGAAUUUUUCAGUUUCGUCUGAACGACCAACCGCGGAUACUAGACUCCCAGCCGAGAGUUUGGAAUAUACCCGGCAUAACCCUUCUUCCUCCAACCAAAGACCAGGGACACAACAACACAGUCUCACAAGACAGUCGACCGGUGACUUUCCUCCGGAGAUGAGUACUAACCAGCAGCUGCCCCUGGCCAGUGAACAAGUGGAGCUCCCACUUCAGUCUUCAUUGUUCGGUCCAAGGGAAAAUGCUUCAUUGUCCAAAGAAAGAGCUUUGAAUAAACAUGGUGGCAUGAUUGAGCGUGAGGGGACCUCGGUUAGUGGGGAACCUGGUGUUGAACCAGUAAAUCGACAGGAACUGCACGAAGAUAGUUUGGCCUCAUUGACCAACGACCCCAGAUCACGAACUUGCUGUUUCUGUUGGUGUUGUUGUUGCUCUUGCUCGUGUAUGCGUGUGCGUGCGAGUCUUCAAGAUUCCAAAAGGCCUUCCUCCUCCUUGGAUCCACAGUCCCGACUGGAUGAACAAAGUAUGGAGGAGAAGUUACCUUAUGAUGAAAUUAAAAGCUGGGGCGAAUCGUUUGAUCUUCUGAUGCAGUGUCCUGCUGGACGCAAAGUGUUCCGAGAAUUCCUACGAUCCGAAUAUAGCGAGGAAAACAUCAUGUUCUGGCUUGCUUGCGAAGAGUUAAAACAGGAAAGUAAUCCGGAACUGGUUGAAGAAAAGGCGCGAAUGAUCUACGAAGAUUUUAUAUCGAUUCUGUCACCAAGGGAGUGGGCGCUAUUUAUUCAAGCAGUUUCUGCUGCUAAGGCAGUCGGUGCGGCUUUACAACAGUCUGUGAUUGUCACUGAAGUCGGACGCACAGAAUCUGCAGAUGAGCGCAAAGCGAACAACGCGGUUAGUCUUGAUUCCCGUGUGCGUGAAAUCAUCAACGCCAAUAUGAUUGAACCCACCCCGCAUACUUUUGACGAGGCCCAAAUGCAAGUCUACACCCUAAUGCAUCGAGAUUCCUACUUGCGAUUUCUCAACUCAAAAAUUUACAAGGAUUUACUGCAUCGUGCCUGUCCUUUUUUAUCCAACUCCAGUCUGGACUGACACGUUCACACCCACUUUCACUUUCCAGCGUUUCUCUCCCUCUCUUCUUGACAUCCCUCAAUAUUUACAUUUUGAAAUUUUUUUCAGGGAUUUGCUGAUUUUGUGCAAUGUUGGCCAUGUUACUUAGACCUAAACUGAGAUGACUUAUGACAUUUAACCGGAACUGAAGCAGUUAUGGGGAACUCUAGAUGAGCGCCAUAAACCAGCGUUUCUCAACCCGUAAAACCCUCGAGCCGUAGGCAGUAAUUUCGGUUUUUUUAGGGGGUAGGUGGCUGGCUCUACCUAUCGUCCCUUAUUCACAUUUUAAUUACUGAUUCCACAGGUGAUAGCAUCCUUUCACGUUUGGAUGCGGGUUGGUGAUGUAACCGAAACACAAAGAGUAUGAUAAUAGAUUGUGAAACCCUGCCGCGCUCGAAUGUGAUAAUGAACGCGCUGUAAAAUAAUGUAUAAUACAGUGUUUUUCAUCCACUGAUAGCAGGCUGUCAAUAAUCCUUCAUCAACUUCACCUGAAGCGCUUAUGUGUGAAACCGUUGGACAAAUCGCCAUGACCUAAGAGGUUACGUGUUAAUUACAUGAGUCACAGCUGUUUCAUCCCAGCAUUUUUUCUUUCCUUCUCUUCUCCUGAGAAUAUAUAUAAACCAACCCAGUGUCAGAUUGCACCUCGGUGUACGUCUGUACCAACGAUGAAAUGAUAUUUUGUGUGCAAAACCUGUCUACUUUGAACUGGUUCCACAAGUUUUUUGGUGAAUAGUGGUCCUUUCUGUAUGAUUUCAGCUGACACGGAGUAUUCCUACAUAACCGUGAGCUCAAUUUGCGGACACUGUUACUCUUCUCCCAUCCUACACUUUCUUCAGACAUGUGAUAACAUGAAAUAUCCCGACAGUUAUCGAAGGUUGAUCAUUUGUCGCCGCGUCAAGAACGAAAAAUAGUAAAAUGUACUAUACAAAACCACGUGAUAUCUACGCAACAAAAGUUACCAUUCAUUGCAACUAACUCCUUUGAAUACAUGUUACAAAUGUGAUAGAA